CAUGAGCCCGGGCGGUGUCGAAGGGGUGUCCAUCUCCUCGACCUCGCCGAGGUUGGACCGGAAGCGCGCCCGUGGGAUCGACAAGAAACAUGUCGUCGAGCUGACGCUGGGGUUGGACUUGUGCUCGCUGUGAACGCGUCGGAAACGCUCAAACUCUGGAGAUGAACAGCACUUGCAGAUGAUCACCCCAGGGGGACAGUGGCAAUCUUUGGCCGACGCGUCGUCCCGGAUCUGAAUCGGGGUUGGUCUGUGAGAGUUGUGAGACGCGUUCGAGAGAGCCGAGAAUCUCCAAGAGUUUCUCAUCGAGAAUGACGCGGGGUAAGAGGCAUUGUCGAACGCUUGGUUCUCAUGCUGUAGGAUGCUCGCACGUGCAUCAUGUGGCAACGGUGUGAGAUAGCUCGAAUCCUCGACGACUUCAAAGGAUGGAUCGAGAACUCCGCUCAAGUACAUGGACAGUCUCUUGCGAUCAAGUUCUCCUUGACCAUCGAGCCAUUGGCUCUUUCGAUACGAAGAUCUUUUGGCCAAGACAUCGUUUUGGGCAGCAGGCUCUUCCUCAAUCGCAGGCUCUCGGUCCUCGGGAGGGGCGUCUACGACAAUGUUGUAUUCAGGUACCAACACCGAAGAGGCCCUGACGGACGGUGGAGGUACCCCGAGGUGUGUGCCCUGACUAGGUGCCUCAUAGUCUGUGGCGAAAUGUGGAAAGGGUUCUUCGUCGAGCUCUGUGGGUGACGGCAAGGAUUGCUCAAACCCAAGCAAAGGAGAUGAUGUUGUAUACGGUUGAUUGGCCUCGAUCAGCUUCUUCUUGCGUAGCUUCAGUGGAGGAGGACGCAAGCGUUGAACAUCCGAGAGUCGGUGCUUCGAACCGGGCUCGGUGCUGUCCAUAGCAACCAUCCUUUGUUGUUCACUCAAG